AUGCUAUGGGAUGCCUCACUCGCUUCACAGCUCCCUGAAUCACCUUUAACCUCUGGUAAAACUCUAAGCCAGCCGCAACGUGCCAUGAUUCGGGAGUCUGCAAAGCGCGGGGUUCCUCUGAGAAAACUUGCUGCUUACCACAAUAUAUCACGGCAGACAGUCAAGCGUGUGGUGAGCAAAGCAAGUGUGGGUGACUCACGCUGGGAGGAUGAUCACGUCCUCUCGAUACCUUGGAGUAACUUUAUCAACCUCACAGAUGACAGUGAAGUCCCUACUAUUCACACAUUUGGAACCAAUGUGCUAAGACAAAUUUCUACGAGGGCAGCACGCAAAGCUUCGGGCUCAUCAACAGAAAAUAUAAUCCCGAAGAUAGAAGAAACCCUGUCCCAGAUAGGCUUCAGAGAACGUUCCUUGACCCUGCGAUCAUCGGCACUUGCCAGCUCAAUGGAUGAUAAUGAAGCCAAGGAAGGGAGAAAACGUCGCCUUGAAUUUGACUUCGUGUCAAUUCAACCUCAUCCCUCGAAGCCAAGGCUGUCUUCGUCAAUUGGGCAGUCCCUUGCGGGCCCUUUCGAGGAGACCAUCAUGCCUCCUGAAAUCGGCGGCACACGUACAGAGGUGCCGCAUCAAGCGAUCCGAGAUUUCCUCAGUGAACUCAGAUUGGAAGAGUCCAAUGUACUUGCUUUGACCGAGCAAGGUGUCCGUACAGCGGAUGAUCUAGACGACCUGGGACGCAUGUCCCGAGAGUCGUUAGACAUCCUGGGCAACGAGCUCAAAGAGCAUGGCUUCACGGCGUUCGACUUUGUGAAAAUGUACGACGCUCUGCGUAAACGGGUCCAGGUCCAUGGACGCUAA